AUGCCACUGAAAUGACCAGAGAGGAGCCCAUUUCCUCCAACAUCCCAGAUUCAGAGUCUCAGUGACCUUGCAAAAGAUUCCAGUGAAGUGCCACCGUCUGGAUGCCAUAAGAAGUGGAUCAAAGAGACCGAUUCAGCUUAUGUGAGGCUGGCAAAGCAAGGAGCCAAAGUAAUAAAGCUCCCAGCUCUAAACCUUAAAUAUCCAAGCAGAAUGCUGAAUCUGUCUACAAACAAGGAAUUUAGUGGGACAAACAAGCUUUCCUUCCCACCUGCCUGCUCAGAGAAAAAAAAUGAAGCAGUAAACUUUAUCAAAUGAAUUAGCAAUGGUUAUGGGACUGACUGGUUUCAGCAGUGUACUUGA